AUGGACGUUUCAACAGGACUCGGCACCGUCUCACACAGCUCGAGUGAACCAAGAAUGGCUAAAAAACAACGUUCCGAAUUUCAUAACGUCCACACAAUGGCUCUCAAUUCGCCAGAUGCAAAUGCAAUGGAUUAUUCUCUUUGGGCCAUUUUGGAGAGCAAAGUACGAACUAAAAGAUACACCAGUUUUGGGACGAUAAAGAAAGCCAUUGUCCGCGAGUGGGCCAAAAUACCUGCUAGUAACAUUCGGGCAACUUGCGAUUCGUUUUUGGACCGUCUCAAGGCUGUAGUCAAGGCAAAAGGUUGCCAUAUCGAACAAAAGUGA